AGGCCCCCCUCGCCAUUCUCUCUCACUCUAAACACAUCUGUAAAAAAACCUUUACACAGCAACAAAAGGCCAGCAAAUGCCCAGCAGCACAGGUCUGAUUCACACCCCUAUUUAACCACCACCACCCUACUGAGCUGGACCAAAACAAAAAGAAAGAAAAAAGCAUUUUUUUUAAUUUUUUCUCCAGUAUUUCGGGGUCUGCUAGACAGACCUGUCAAGCUCUUUUCUCUUGGAGCAUGUUUUUUCUCUGCAAACUCCCUUUCUUGAUUCUCUUCUCUCUUCAAUCUAGAUUCAAACCCUUUUGGCUUAGAAACCAUGUCUAGUUUAUACACCCAGAAUUUAAAUUUCUCACCUGCUAGAGUUGUUUCUCCACAUAUAAGGAACAACAACAGCAACAACAACAACCCAGAUGUAGAUGGUCAGUACUUGGCAGAGCUUUUAGGUGAGCACCAGAAGCUUGAACCUUUCGUGCAAGUCGUUCCAAUAUGUAGCCGAUUGUUGAAUCAAGAGAUAUUAAGGGUUUCUGGCAUGUUGUCCAACCAUGGACUUAGUGACUAUGACAGGCUACAACGUGGAAGCCCCAGUCCAAUGGCUUCUUCAGACAUAAUGCCAAAUCUUGGAGCAACAGGUUUUGGUGGUUGGAGUGGCCAUCUGCAUGAGAGAUUCAGUGGACCACAUGGGAUAACAAUGGACUGGCAAGCAGCCCCAGGAAGCCCAAGUGCCUAUAUUGUGAAGAGGGUAUUGCGAUUGGAGAUAGCCGUAGGCAGCUAUCCCAAUUUCAAUUUUGUUGGGCGGCUUCUAGGUCCUCGGGGUAAUUCCUUAAAGCGUGUGGAAGCUUCAACAGGAUGCAGAGUAUUUAUUAGAGGAAAAGGUUCAAUAAAAGACGCUGAUAAGGAGGAGAGUCUAAGAGGAAGGCCUGGCUAUGAGCACCUGAAUGAUCCACUGCACAUUUUAAUUGAGGCAGAAUUACCCGUCAAUAUUGUUGAUGCACGAUUGAGACAGGCACGAGAAAUUAUAGAGGAACUUCUCAAGCCUGUGGACGAGUCACAAGAUUUCUACAAAAGGCAACAACUAAGAGAACUCGCGAUGCUAAAUUCCAAUUUUAGAGAAGAGAGCCCUCGACCAAGCGGAAGUGUCUCUCCGUUCGGUUCCAAUGGAGGGAUGAAGCGUGCCAAAACCGGUCGAUAGCCAGAUCUUUCUAAAUUAUCCACCUUAACAAUCAUUCUGGAGCCCCGUUGCUGCAUAUUGACGCCAUAUUAUACCUCAAUAAAUCUUGAUUUUCUAUAGCUUGGAGGUGUGGGGCUAACAAAAAUGGCCAGGAGUUUUAAUGCAUGCCGGAUCCUUAUUUGGCAACUUAAACAGAAGGAAAACAAAAACGCUUUUCAUGAUCUGCUGCUGUAAACAUGAAACAAUUAUUGAAUUUAUUUGUUAUUUAACCUUUUCGCUAUUCGGGUUGUGUCGGAAAAUCUUUGACAGAGCAAUAUUAGGGCUGGUGAUUAAGAGUGUUGGGUUGGAUUUUCUUAAAGCAAUUGUUGUUUAAAUUUGAGAAUAAGGUUGGUAUUUUUGUCUUUA